GCUCGAGCGCGCGCGCCAGUGACAGUCCAGUACGCGCAGGAGGGCGCGCGCAGCCCCACACCCGUGCGCUCGGACAUCUCCUCUCCACAGUGAGAGCGAGCGGGCUGAGGGGUGUUCACGCGCACGCGGCACGGAAGUUUCUCUUCUGCUCCCUCCUGUUUCCUUUUUUUUUUUCUCCUUCUUUCUCUAACGCGCGAUGGAGCAGAAAGACGCGGAGGCGCGCGACAGGGGCGCGAUCUCGUCGGCCAGCGGGGUGGUGGUCCAAGUCCGAGAGAAGAAGGGACCCCUGAGAGCCGCCAUACCGUGCAUGCCGUUCCCGGUGGCCGUCAUCUGCCUCUUCCUCAAUACCUUCGUACCUGGACUUGGGACCUUCGUGUCGGCCUUCACGGUGCUGUGUGGGGCAAGGACGGACCUCCCGGACCGGCACGUGUGCUGCGUAUUCUGGCUGAAUAUUGCCGCAGCCUUCAUCCAGAUCCUCACGGCCAUCGUGAUGGUGGGCUGGAUCAUGAGCAUAUUCUGGGGCAUGGACAUGGUCAUCCUGGCAAUUUCAGAAGGGUAUAAGGACCAGGGUGUUCCCCAGCAGCUGUGAGUCCUGGCAGCCCCAACGGAGCAAGAAUGCAGUCUCCCUGCGCCUGCAGACAGUACUGGAUGGAGUUGACAAGGCGCCUUCAAAGCCACGUCGAGGAUUGCGGCCAUAUUCUUUUCUGCAGGCCCCGCCCCCCCCGGUCCCGCCCUGUCCCCGUUUCUGGUCUCCCGCCACGUCCCAGCUGUGUGUUGGACCAAAGACCACAUCACCUGGGGAGAUUUUUUUUUGUGCCAAGCUGUAAUAUGUGGAAAAAAAUAACGCUAAAAAACAGGACGACAGGGUUUGGAAUGUAAUAAUGAGUGUCCAUCCUGUCGAGGCCAAUUCCGUGUAAUAGAUUUUUCAUUUAGGUGUUAAACGUUUUUACUCGAAAGUGUAAUUUUCCUACGAGCACUUUUGGGCUGCUCGAGCGGUUUGGGGAUUUCAAACAGCUGAUUUUAUUUGUUAUAACUAUCUUCCUUGGGUAUUUGGUGUCAGGCCUUAUGAACCGUGGAAGUGAACUCUUUUCGUAUAAUCUGCAUGGAUCUCUGUGCCCUUUUCGUUCACCUCCGUCCGUGAGUGUGUCCACACCACCGGCAACACAAACGGGUUAUUUCCUCUGACUUCUGAUUUGCUAUUUAUUAGUUGUUGUUUUUGUAAAGCCUUGUAAUCAUGGAAGUCGGUGUAUCGUUCUGUGAAUCAUUCUGGGUCAGUUGCCAUAGAUACUGUCUGCAGUAACAAGAACUCGAUUUGUACUUGUGGGAUUAAAUAAACGUACUUGGUAUGAGAGUGA